UCCUCCUCCUCCUCGGCCGCCUGCCCGCCCUGCUUGCCGGCCCAGUGCCCCCCGCUGCCCGGCCGGGGCUGCCCGCUGGGCCCGGUGCGCGACGGCUGCGGCUGCUGCGCGCAGUGCGCGCGGGGCGAGGGCGAGGCGUGCGGCGUCGGUGGCGGUGUCGGUGGCGGCGGCUGGGGACGCUGCGCGGCCGGCCUGGAGUGCCGCCGGCGGCGCAAGGGCCAGCCCGGGGCGUGCGCCUGCAAGAGCCGCUACCCGGUGUGCGGCAGCGACGGCCUCACCUACCCCAGCGCCUGCCAGCUGCGCGCCGCCAGCCUGCGCGCCCAGAGCCGGGGCGAGGCGGCCGUCGAGCAGCGCAGCAAGGGGCCCUGCGAGCAAGGACCCUCCAUUGUGACACCUCCUAAAGACAUCUGGAAUGUCACCGGGGCGCAGAUUUACCUGAGCUGCGAGGUCAUUGGAAUUCCUACCCCUGUACUUACCUGGAAUAAGAUAGCGAAGGGUCAGAGGACAGAGCUGCUGCCAGGAGAUCGGGAGAAUCUAGCCAUCCAGACUCGCGGGGGUCCAGAGAAGCACGAAGUGACAGGGUGGGUGUUGAUAUCCCCUUUGAGCAAAGAUGACGGCGGAGAAUACGAGUGCCAUGCAUCGAACUCUCAGGGAGAGGCUACAGCAUCGGCGAGAAUUACCGUGGUGAAUUCAUUAAAAGAAAUACCCACCAUAAAAGGUGGUGAGGCUGAGCUAUGAAAAGCGAGC